AUGGAGAGGCGGAACAGUCACCAAGCAACGUCUGAUUACCCACACCCAUUUGUGCACAAGUUGAAACUGACCAGGGCGCAGAGAAUAAGGGUGAGUUGUCUUAUUAUGCUUGAGGAAAUGUGGUAAGAGAUGCACGAAGAUCAUACCCCCAGCCUGGGCAGCCGCUAGUGGGCGUUAUGGAUCUCCACUGUCCAAACAUAGCGGCUGCCCGGCAGGCUACAUUAUGAUAUUUAUGCCACUUACUUUCACACUGAUCAUUAUUCACGAUUGAUUCAUGAUUAUCCGUAAUCAUGGUAGCAAUCACAUUAAUGUACAAGUGUUCAGAAAUAUAUUAUGUAUUCUUAUUUACAAUAAAAGUGACUCAAACGACACAAUACAUUAUUCACCAUUCAGUUUCUAUUGGGCACAACAUAAUCCGAAAACACAACCAAAACAAAUUGCAAAUGCGUCAACAAGCUUGAUGUAGUCAUUGCGUGCUAGGAAUAUGGGACCAAAUUCGAAACUUUUGACUACUUUAAUACAUUAUAAGCGAAUUUGGCCAAAUACUUAUAUGACACCUUCAAAUAAAACAGAUAUGUAUGAAAAUACCCUCAAAUAAAAGGUGACAUUAUGUACUGUCGCCUCAUAUGAAACAUUUUAUUUCAAAUCCAAAAUGCUGGAGUAUAGAGCCAAAUUAAAAGUUUUAGCUUCACUGUCCAAAUGAAUAGAAAAGGGAUGUAUGUCUCUGUGUGUGCAAUGCAUAUAUGAUACAUUGUAGCCUGCCCCAUGCAACAUAAUAUCCUCCAUAUGUGAUCAUGUCCCUGUCCCUCCCAUCCACAGGGCAUGGUGUUGGGCUCCAUCCUGUUCCCCAUACGAUUCUUUCUGGCUGCCCUCUGCUUCCUGAUCAUGUGGCCAAUUGCCCGGCUCCGAUUGGCUGGCCUCUCAGAGGAAGAACGGUCCCGGCCAGUAACGACUGGGUGGAGGAGAUGGUUACUACACCCCAUCAUCCGUUUCCUUAGCCGGGCAGUGUUUUUCUUCCUGGGGUUCAUCUGGGUCCGGGUCAAAGGUCGUAGGGCGGGGCAUAAGGAGGCUCCUGUGCUGGCGGUGGCGCCGCACAGUAGCUUCCUGGAUAUGUUGGUGCUGCCGGAAACUCAGCUGGCUACGGUGGUGUCUAGAUCGGAAAACCAAAGCAUUCCUGUUAUAGGGGGUGAGUGUUAUGUGGGAGACUGGGAGAGGCUUUGGGUCAAAGUUGCCCUUUUAAAGACACACAUCCAGGAUCCGAUUACCCUCUUCAAAUCGUUUCCUUAAUCACUAUGGAUAAAAUGCCACGCUGUGGGCAACAUCAUUCUGCUCUGUUGGGGUGAGAUGGAGAAUGAGAGAGGGGGAGGGAUGGAGGUUGGGAAAGGAAGGAGAGAUGGGAUGGAAUUGGAAAGUUGUUAGUAAGACUAAAUAUGGCAAAGGUGGUAUUGGAAAGUGUAUUGAGAAAGUAUGAAAGCAACUCCUAAAACAAACUAUUGCCAUGACUCUUCUGUAUGUGUGCUUAAGUUCUAUUUCUCCCUCUUUUUCUUUAACCUUUUUCCCUCUUAUUCUCUUGUCCUCUCUUUCUCCACCUUCCCUCUUUCUUUCACCUUUUCCAUCCCCUUCUCCUCUCCCCCCUCUUCCUCACCCUCUCUCACAUUUCCCUGUCUGUUCUCUCUUACUCACUCUCUCUCUCUCUCCCUCUCUUUCUCCCACAUUUCCCUCUGUUCUCUCUCUCUAUAGAGUAAGAAUCUCUCCCUCUCCUUUCUUCAGUAGCACAGGCCUUCAGUGGCAUUUGUGUCCUAAUGAAUAUAAUGAUCAUAUCAUUAUGGCUAUGUCACAUUAUAACAGUGUUGUGUAUGGUUUAUCUUCUCUCUCUCAGCCCUCCUGGAGUUUAACCAGUCAGUGUUGGUAAACAGGAAGAAUCCAGAGUCCAGGAAACAGGCUGUCGUUCAGAUCAAAGAGAGGCUCACCUCCAAUGGCUACUGGCCGCAGGUAAGCAGGAAUCAGAGGGCAGGGGUCAAAGGUCAUUAGGGCCAAUGGGGGAGCUGGUGUAACGGAGUAGCUCUGCCUGAGACAUGUAAACGUGAUUGUUGCUAGCAGACUACAAGGAUUUCCUCUUGGUCUAAUGGUUAAGACAUUGGAUCACCACAUGGGAGAUGUGGGCUCACAUCCCGCCAGUUACACAUAUGUAACCUCACUGCAUCAGUCUUGCGUCAUAUAGCACGAUGACUUUGUUUAGACUCUUGAGUUAACUUGCAAUACCGGUAUGUCACGUUAUAAUUGUUACUGUCGGCGAAGAAUGGAUCUUACUGAUGACGAGACAGCUUUCAUAGAACUGGUUUAACACACCUCUCUAUUCAUCAGUCACUAUCUCGCUUUCCCUCCGUCCUCCUAAUGAACCUUACUGAUGGGACAACAUAGAACUGGUUCUACCAACUCCCUUGCUUUCUCUCUUCCCAUCUCUGUCAUUGGCUCUCUCUCAUGGUCAGAUGCUGAUGUUCCCAGAAGGCACCACUACAAACGGCACCGUUCUCAUAAAGUUCAAACCUGGUGAGAUCUAGUUCUGGGUUCAAAUACUAUUUGAAAUCUUUCAAAUGCUUUUAUCCUUUGCUUUAGCUUGCAUAGGGUGGCAGAUGGGUGGGGUUUGCACUUUUGUGACGGGUUGGUGAGAACAUAAUUAAGAAUGUCACUUCUUCUGCUAAACCUAAAGGAAUGGAUGGCAUGUGUUACAUGGGGGGGGAGCUGACUGGUUUACUGUCCUCUGCCUCUCUCCUAGGUGCCUUCCUGGCUGGAGUCCCAGUCCAACCAGUUCUGCUGCACUACCCCAACAAACUGGUGAGUAGACUGGACUGUGUCAGUAUUGGUAUACAGCAGAGAAAUUGAACGGAGGGAUCGAACCGCUGCCUCCAGGGAAGUAUGUUGUCCGGGUGCGGCAGCACUGUCACUAGUAGUUUAUAUGCUGACGCAGCGGAAGGUGUAGGGUGAAGUUGCAAAUACAGUCAGGUCCAUAAGUAUUUGGACAGUGAUACAAUUUGCAUCAUUUUGGCUCUGUACACCACCACAAUGGAUUUGAAAGGAAACAAUCAAGAUGUGCUUUAAUUGUAGACUUUCAUCUUUAAUUUAAGGAUUUUGUCAAAAUUAUUGUAUGAACCGUGUAGGAAUUACAACCAUUUUUAUACACAGACCCCCAAUUUUAGGGGCUCAAAGGUAAUUGGACAAACUAACAUAAUCAUCAAUUAAAUGGUGAGUUUUAAUACUUGGUUGCAAAUCCUGGAACCCAUAGACAUCACCAGAUGCUGGGUUUCUUCCCUGGUGAUGCUCUGCCAGGCCUUUACUGCAGCUGUCUUCAGUUCCUGCUUGUUCUUGGGGCGUUUUUCCGUCCGUUUUGCCUUCAGCAAGUGAAAUACAUGCUCAAUUGGAUUCAGGUCAGGUGAUUGACUUGGCCAUUGCAGAACAUUCCACUUCUUUGCCUUAAAAAAGUAUUGGGUUGCUUUCGCAGUAUGCUUCAGGUCAUUGUCCAUCUGCACUGUGAAGCACCGUCCAAUGAGUUUUGAAGCAUUUGGCUGAAUCUGAGCAGAUAAUAUAGCCCUAAACACUUCAGAAUUCAUCAUCAAUAAAUACAAGGGAAACAGUUCCAUUGGCAGCCAUACAUGCCCACGCCAUAACACUACCUCCACCAUGCUUCACAGAUGAGGUGGUAUGCUUCGGAUCAUGAGCAGUUCCUUCCCUUCUCCAUACUCUUCUCUUCCCAUCAUUCUGGUACAAGUUGAUAUUUGUCUCAUCUGUCCAUAGGAUGUUGUUCCAGAACUGUACAGGCUUUUUAAAAAUGUUUUUUGGCUAACUCUAAUCUGGUCUUCCUGUUUUUGAGGCUUACCAAUGGUUUACAUUUUGUGAUAAAAGGGUGAAGUCUUCUCUUGAUUGUUGACUUUGACACAGAUACGCCUACCUCCUGGAGGGUGUUCUUGAUCUGGCCAACUGUUGUGAAGGGGUUUUUCUUCACCAGGGAAAUAAUUAUUCUGUCAUCCACCACAGUUGUUUUCCGUGGUCUUCCGGGCCUUUUGGUUCCUGAGCUCACCAGUGCGUUCUUUCUUUUUAAGAAUAUACCAAAUAGUUGAUUUGGCCACACCUAAUGUUUUUGCUAUCUCUCUGAUGGGUUUGUUUUGAUUUUUCAGCCUAAUGAUGGCUUGCUUCACUGGCAGUGACAGCUCUUUGGACUUCAUAUUGAGGGUUAACAGCAACAGAUUCCAAAUGCAAAUGCCACACUUGAAAUCAACUCUAGACCUUUUACCUGCUUCCUUGUAAAUGAACUAAUGAGGGAAUAACACACACCUGGCCAUGGAGCAGCCAAUUGUCCAAUUACUUUUGAUCCCUUUAAAAGGGGGGGACCACAUAUAGAAAUUGCUGUAAUUCCUACACCGUUUACCCAAUUUGGAUGUAAAUACCCUCAAAUUAAAGCUGAAAGUCUGCACUUUCAGCUCAUAUUCAUUAUUUAAUUUCAACUCCAAUAUGCUGUGGUAGACAGCUAAAAUAAUAAUAACUUGGUCAAUGUCCAAAUAUUUAUGGACCUGACUGUAUAUUUAUACGGACUCUACACACAGCCACUCACAUACAAUCAUCAUAUACGCUGCUGCUACUCUGUUUAUCUUAUAUCCUGAUGCCUAGUCCCCUUACCCCUAUACAUAUCUACCUCCAUCACUCCAGUAUCCCUGCACAUUGUAAAUAUGGUAGUGGAACUGACCCUGUAUAUAGUAUGCUUUCUUACUUUAUUGUGUUCCUAGUUCUUAUUUGUAUAUGUUGUGUUUUUGUUCUACCUUGUUAUUUUUAGUAUUACAUUGUUAUUGAUUACUGCAUUAUUGGGGUUAGCUUGCAAGAAAGGCAUUUCACUGUACUUGUGCAUGUGACAUUAAAAUUUGAAGUUGGCCGUAGAUGCUGAUCUUGGGUCAGUUUUCCAUUUCCCCCCACUAAUGGCUGAGGUUGGGAUUGUGGAGCGCAUUGGGCCUGAGAGCACCCUAACUGGUCGUAGGAAAAUACCAUGUGGUUUGGUUUCUAAUCAUAGUUAAUGUUUGUGGAUGUUGGAACUCCCAUGUCACCACAGAAUGCCUGUACAGCAGGUAUCAUCAACUAGAUUCAGCCGCGGGACGAUUUUUUUUUCUUCUUUCUGGAGCAGAUGGUCGGGGGGCCGGAACAUAAUUGCAAAUAAUUUAUUAAAUUAAAAUCACUUGGAGCUGAUUUCCUGGUGUUUUUACAGUCUAAUGUCCAACAAUGAAAAUUGUAUUUGUUGCUCAGAAAACUUGAGGGGCCAAAUAAAACCACCGGCCGCCAGUUGGGGAACCCUGCUGUACAGGGUGUAUUUUGAACUGAGUCUGAGUCACAUGUAGGCCCAUGUAAUGUUCUGAACAGAAUCAGGUGAUGUACUGUCUGCACAUGUGAGUUUACCUUCUAGAGUUAUUAUUUCUAUGCGUUUUUUUUAAAACAUGCUUGUUUUCUAGGAUACUGUACGCUGGACCCACACGGGAACUACCUGGUAAGACACCAUCUAUAUGAAAUAAAAACAUAUGAUAAUCAUUCAACUUCAUUAUCAAAUCUCCAUUUAACAUCCAUAUUAUUGGAAACAAGUUGUCGAUAUAUGAUAUUUCACUGAUUGGUGGUGGUGUUUUUCCCUCCAGGGUUGAGGCAUUGUGGCACACCUGCUCUCAGUUCUACACUAACGUUACUAUUGAGGUAAGGCCAUAUUGUCCAUAAUCAGAAUGACCACUCACAGAAGAAAAAUGUCCUGUUUUCUCAUUGGCUGUAAUACCUGUCAGAAAAAUGUAAUGUGCUCUUAUUGGCUACAGUACUUGUCAGUAUUAAUAUCCUGUACUCUGAUUGGCUACAGUACCUGCCAGUAUACACCCCCUCCCAGAAGGAGAAGGAUGACCCUAAUCUGUAUGCAGACAAUGUCCAGAAACUCAUGGCCAAGUGAGUCUACACAGCAUUUCUACCUCAGUGUGUGUGUGUGUGUGAAUUUCAUCUUACGGCUCACAGUAUUCCUGAAGACGGUGGGUGUGUGUGUGUGUGUGUGUGUGUGUGUGUAGUUUCUUUGUGGACGUUUCCCACUGUUUGGCAUGUUGUGGUCAAUUUUGCCUCAGUAUUUGCAUAAUGUAUACUUGGCUAUCUGUUUGCUUUGGAUGCAUGUAUUUUAUGAGGGUGUGUAGAUGAUUCUAACAUCUCUAACCUCUUGUGUCUAUCAGGGCCCUGGGCAUCCCAGCUACAGACCAUGUGAUGGAGGGGCGUGUUCUUACCAGAAAACUGGGGGGGCUCUCCCUCCCCCUAGAACCGCCUGCCAGAGAAACUCUCUCACUGCUGCACAAAGACGGGUAAGAGACUUGUGUGUGUGUGUAUAUAUGUGUAUGUACACUACAUGACCAAAAGUAUGUGGACACCUGCUUGUCGAACAUCUCAUUUCAAUAUUAUGGGCAUUAAUAUGGAGUUGGUCCCCCCUUUGCUGCUAUAACAGCCUCCACUCUUCUGGGAAGGCUUUCCACUAGAUGUUGGAAUAUUGCUGCGGUGACUUGCUUCCAUUCAGCCACAAGAGCAUUCGUGAGGUCGGGCACUGAUGUUUGAUGAUUAGGCCUGGCUCGCAGUCGGCGUUCGAUGAGGUUGAGGUCAGGGCUCUGUGCAGGCCAGUCAAGUUCUUCCACACCGAUCUCGACAAACCAUUUCUGUAUGGACCUCGCUUUGUGCACGAGGGCAUUGUCAUGCUGAAACAGGAAAGGGCCUUCCCCAAACUGUUGCCACAAAGUUGGAAGCACAGAAUCGUCAAGAAUGUAAUUUUAUGCUGUAGCAUUAAGAUUUCCCUUCACUGGAACUAAGAGGCCCAGCCCGAACCAUGAAAAACAGACCCAGACCAUUAUUCCUCCUCCACCAAACUUUACAGUUGGCACUAUGCAUUGGGGCAGGUAGCGUUCUCCUGGCAUCUGCCAAACCCAGAUUCGUCCGUCGGACAGCCAGAUGGUGAAGCGUGAUUCAUCACUCCAGAGAACGUGUUUCCACUGCUCCAGAGUCCAAUGGGCAGAAAUUUAACGAACUGACUUGUUGGAAAGGUGGCAUCCUAUGACGGUACCACGUUGAAAGUCACUGAGCUCUUCAGUACGGGCCAUUCUACUGCCAAUGUUUGUCUAUGGAGAUUGCAUUGCUGUGUGCUCGAUUUUAUACACCUGUCAGCAACGGGUGUGGCUGAAAUAGCCGAAUCCACUAAUUUGAAGGUGUGUCCACAUACUUUUGGCCAUGUUUGUGUGUAGGUAGACUCUUGAUCUAUGGCUGUGUGUGUGUUUGAUGGUGACUAAGCAGGUGCUUUCCUUCUUGUGUGCAUGACUUAAAUGAUUGUCUGCUAACCUCAGCUCCUUCCCCCAAUCUCUCUCCCCCUCUCAUCUCUCUCUCUCCCCCUUCCCCUCUCCAUCCUCAGUCUCCGUGAGUCUGAGGUGGAGGCAGCACUGAGUAACAUGAUUGACAGGUGUCAGUCAGAACAGGGUUGGAGGGCUGGUGUGGAUGAGCUGGCCCCUCUCCUGGGACUGACAGACAGACAGACUGCUGCUAAGAUCUGUGGACUCUACUCCAAGGUAAACUACUCCAAGGUUAAACUGGCCACCACCAACCAGCGUCAAGUGUGGCGUAUGAACUUGUCCGUUUGAGAGAGCAACAGACGUGUAGAGUACUGAAGUAGUAGAUUUCUAUAAGUAUUCCUUGGUGUUGUGUACUUCGCAUAACUUGUGUGUGUUUGUGUUAACCGUGUGUGUGUGUGUGUGUGUGUGUGUGUGUUCCAGGAUGACAUGGUGGACCUCAGACAGAUCUAUCUAAGUGUGACAUCAGUCUCUGGCCUUCUGGGCUUUAAGUCCCUCCUUCACACUGCAUUCACUGUAAGUUCUGCUCCAAGUGUGUGUAGAGUAGAUUUAUAACCCCAGUGUUUGUGUAGAGUAGAUUUAUAACCCCAGUGUUUGUGUAGAGUAGAUUUAUAACCCCAGUGUUUGUGUAGAGUAGAUUUUAUAACCCCAGUGUUGGUGUAGAGUAGAUUUAUAACCCCAGUGUUUGUGUAGAGUAGAUUUAUAACCCCAGUGUUUGUGUAGAGUAGAUUUUAUAACCCUAGUGUUUGUGUAGAGUAGAUUUAUAACCCCAGUGUUUGUGUAGAGUAGAUUUAUAACCCCAGUGUUUGUGUAGAGUAGAUUUAAAACCCUAGUGUUUGUGUAGAGUAGAUUUAUAACCCUAGUGUUUGUGUAGAGUAGAUUUUAUAACCCUAGUGUUUGUGUAGAGUAGAUUUAUAACCCCAGUGUUUGUGUAGGGUAGAUUUAUAACCCCAGUGUUUGUGUAGAGUAGAUUUAUAACCCCAGUGUUUGUGUAGAGAAGAUUUAUAACCCCAGUGUUUGUGUAGAGUAGAUUUAUAACCCCAGUGUUUGUGUAGAGUAGAUUUUAUAACCCCAGUGUUUGUGUAGAGUAGAUUUUAUAACCCUAGUGUUUGUGUAGGGUAGAUUUAUAACCCCAGUGUUUGUGUAGAGCAGAUUUAUAACCCUAGUGUUUGUGUAGAGUAGAUUUAUAACCCCAGUGUUUGUGUAGGGUAGAUUUAUAACCCCAGUGUUUGUGUAGAGUAGAUUUAUAACCCCAGUGUUUGUGUAGAGUAGAUUUUAUAACCCUAGUGUUUGUGUAGAGUAGAUUUUAUAAUCCUAGUGUUUGUGUAGAGUAGAUUUAACCCCAGUGUUUGUGUAGAGUAGAUUUAUAACCCCAGUGUUUGUGUAGAGUAGAUUUAUAACCCCAGUGUUUGUGUAGAGUAGAUUUAUAACCCCAGUGUUUGUGUAGAGUAGAUUUAUAACCCCAGUGUUUGUGUAGAGUAGAUUUAUAACCCCAGUGUUUGUGUAGAGUAGAUUUAAAACCCUAGUGUUUGUGUAGAGUAGAUUUAUAACCCUAGUGUUUGUGUAGAGUAGAUUUUAUAACCCUAGUGUUUGUGUAGAGUAGAUUUAUAACCCCAGUGUUUGUGUAGAGUAGAUUUAUAACCCCAGUGUUUGUGUAGGGUAGAUUUAUAACCCCAGUGUUUGUGUAGAGUAGAUUUAUAACCCCAGUGUUUGUGUAGAGAAGAUUUAUAACCCCAGUGUUUGUGUAGAGUAGAUUUAUAACCCCAGUGUUUGUGUAGAGUAGAUUUUAUAACCCCAGUGUUUGUGUAGAGUAGAUUUUAUAACCCUAGUGUUUGUGUAGGGUAGAUUUAUAACCCCAGUGUUUGUGUAGAGUAGAUUUAUAACCCCAGUGUUUGUGUACGGUAGAUUUAUAACCCCAGUGUUUGUGUAGAGUAGAUUUAUAACCCCAGUGUUUGUGUAGAGUAGAUUUAUAACCCCAGUGUUUGUGUAGAGCAGAUUUAUAACCCUAGUGUUUGUGUAGAGUAGAUUUAUAACCCCAGUGUUUGUGUAGAGUAGAUUUAUAACCCCAGUGUUUGUGUAGAGUAGAUUUAUAACCCCAGUGUUUGUGUAGGGUAGAUUUAUAACCCCAGUGUUUGUGUAGAGUAGAUUUAUAACCCCAGUGUUUGUGUAGGGUAGAUUUAUAACCCCAGUGUUUGUGUAGAGUAGAUUUAUAACCCCAGUGUUUGUGUAGAGUAGAUUUUAUAACCCUAGUGUUUGUGUAGAGUAGAUUUUAUAAUCCUAGUGUUUGUGUAGAGUAGAUUUAUAACCCCAGUGUUUGUGUAGAGGAGAUUGUAUAACCCCAGUGUGUGUAGAGGAGAUUUUAUAACCCUAGUGUUUGUGUAGAGUAGAUUUAUAACCCCAGUGUUUGUGUAGAGUAGAUUUAUAACCCCAGUGUUUGUGUAGGGUAGAUUUAUAACCCCAGUGUUUGUGUAGAGUAGAUUUAUAACCCCAGUGUUUGUGUAGAGAAGAUUUAUAACCCCAGUGUUUGUGUAGAGUAGAUUUAUAACCCCAGUGUUUGUGUAGAGUAGAUUUUAUAACCCCAGUGUUUGUGUAGAGUAGAUUUUAUAACCCUAGUGUUUGUGUAGGGUAGAUUUAUAACCCCAGUGUUUGUGUAGAGUAGAUUUAUAACCCCAGUGUUUGUGUACGGUAGAUUUAUAACCCCAGUGUUUGUGUAGAGUAGAUUUAUAACCCCAGUGUUUGUGUAGAGUAUAUUUAUAACCCCAGUGUUUGUGUAGAGCAGAUUUAUAACCCUAGUGUUUGUGUAGAGUAGAUUUAUAACCCCAGUGUUUGUGUAGAGUAGAUUUAUAACCCCAGUGUUUGUGUAGAGUAGAUUUAUAACCCCAGUGUUUGUGUAGGGUAGAUUUAUAACCCCAGUGUUUGUGUAGAGUAGAUUUAUAACCCCAGUGUUUGUGUAGGGUAGAUUUAUAACCCCAGUGUUUGUGUAGAGUAGAUUUAUAACCCCAGUGUUUGUGUAGAGUAGAUUUUAUAACCCUAGUGUUUGUGUAGAGUAGAUUUUAUAAUCCUAGUGUUUGUGUAGAGUAGAUUUAUAACCCCAGUGUUUGUGUAGAGGAGAUUGUAUAACCCCAGUGUGUGUAGAGGAGAUUUUAUAACCCUAGUGUUUGUGUAGAGUAGAUUUAUAACCCCAGUGUUUGUGUAGGGUAGAUUUAUAACCCCAGUGUUUUUUGUAGAGUAGAUUUAUAACCCCAGUGUUUGUGUAGAGCAGAUUUAUAACCCCAGUGUUUGUGUAGAGUAGAUUUAUAACCCCAGUGUUUGUGUAGGGUAGAUUUAUAACCCCAGUGUUUGUGUAGGGUAGAUUUAUAACCCCAGUGUUUGUGUAGGGUAGAUUUAUAACCCUAGUGUUUGUGUAGGGUAGAUUUAUAACCCCAGUGUUUGUUUAGAGUAGAUUUAUAACCCCAGUGUUUGUUUAGAGUAGAUUUAUAACCCCAGUGUUUGUGUAGAGUAGAUUUUAUAACCCUAGUGUUUGGGUAGAGUAGAUUUAUAACCCCAAUGUUUGUGUAGAGUAGAUUUAUAACCCCAGUGUUUGUGUAGAGUAGAUUUUAUAACCCUAGUGUUUGGGUAGAGUAGAUUUAUAACCCCAGUGUUUGUAUAGAGUAGAUUUAUAACCCCAGUGUUUGUGUAGGGUAGAUUUAUAACCCCAGUGUUUGUGUAGAGUAGAUUUUAUAACCCUAGUGUUUGGGUAGAGUAGAUUUAUAACCCCAGUGUUUGUGUAGGGUAGAUUUAUAACCCCAGUGUUUGUGUAGAGUAGAUUUAUAACCCCAGUGUUUGUGUAGGGUAGAUUUAUAACUCCAGUGUUUGUGUAGAGUAGAUUUAUAACCCCAGUGUUUGUGUAGGGUAGAUUUAUAACCCCAGUGUUUGUGUAGACUAGAUUUAAAACCCUAGUGUUUGUGUAGGGUAGAUUUAUAACCCCAGUGUUUGUGUAGAGUAGAUUUUAUAACCCUAGUGUUUGGGUAGAGUAGAUUUAUAACCCCAGUGUUUGUGUAGGGUAGAUUUAUAACCCCAGUGUUUGUGUAGAGUAGAUUUAUAACCCCAGUGUUUGUGUAGGGUAGAUUUAUAACCCCAGUGUUUGUGUAGGGUAGAUUUAUAACCCCAGUGUUUGUGUAGGGUAGAUUUAUAACCCCAGUGUUUGUGUAGAGUAGAUUUUAUAACCCUAGUGUUUGUGUAGAGUAGAUUUAUAACCCCAGUGUUUGUGUAGGGUAGAUUUAUAACCCCAGUGUUUGUGUAGACUAGAUUUAAAACCCUAGUGUUUGUGUAGGGUAGAUUUAUAACCCCAGUGUUUGUGUAGAGUAGAUUUUAUAACCCUAGUGUUUGGGUAGAGUAGAUGUAUAACCCCAGUGUUUGUGUAGGGUAGAUUUAUAACCCCAGUGUUUGUGUAGAGUAGAUUUAUAACCCCAGUGUUUGUGUAGGGUAGAUUUAUAACCCCAGUGUUUGUGUAGGGUAGAUUUAUAACCCCAGUGUUUGUGUAGGGUAGAUUUAUAACCCCAGUGUUUGUGUAGAGUAGAUUUUAUAACCCUAGUGUUUGUGUAGAGUAGAUUUAUAACCCCAGUGUUUGUGUAGGGUAGAUUUAUAACCCCAGUGUUUGUGUAGAGUAGAUUUAUAACCCCAGUGUUUGUGUAGGGUAGAUUUAUAACCCCAGUGUUUGUGUAGGGUAGAUUUAUAACCCCAGUGUUUGUGUAGGGUAGAUUUAUAACCCCAGUGUUUGUGUAGAGUAGAUUUAGCAGGAAUAGACUGGCACCCAGGCGGUAUGUACAGUUACUACGGUAUAAAGAGGACGCUUUAACCUAUAAACUGAAUUAAUAUAUUUGAUAUAAACUACAUGAAGAUAUUUGACAUAAACACUAUAUAAAUGGUAUAUAUUUACAUAAAUGUAUAUAUUUGAACCCAGUGUAAACUGUCUGCAGCUGUAUGACCGAGAGUGUAGUGGCAGUCUGACUGCAGUGGACGUGUCUGACCUGAUGGGGGCGCUCGUGGGGAGUCCUCAGUACCACACAGAGGAACUGUACACCGAACUGUCCAGGAGAGGAGCGCCCACUGAACGUAAGCCAAGGCACCCAUCCAUUAACAAUGUUGACAUUCAAAUACAUUCACUUUAAACUUAUCUUGAUUAUUAGUGGUGUAUUACAAACUUCUCUACCUGUUUGUUGGGCACAAACCAAGUCUGUGAUUUGACCCUAGUUAUGGCUGUUUGUCAAUUCGUCUUUCUGCGAUCCCUCGCCUCCUUCUCAAUAGUAUUCGAGAAGUUCCAAAUACCUUUUUCUCCAAUGAGAAGGAGGCAAGGUGAGCGAAUGCAAGGAAUCGAGGAAAGAUGAAUUGAGAAAGCAAUGUCCAGUUGUUCGUCACACUGUCCUGAACUACAGUCUUGUCGACAAUAACCCUAAUGCUAUGUGGUUGUAUCUCCACAGAAGACCUGUUUAGAGUGCUGACCACCCACCCCACCUAUCAGAAACUGAUCAGCGAGUACUUUACACCUGAGGGGGCGGAGUCCACACCACCACCCUCUCUGACCAAAGGGAAAUUGGGGAACAACAAUGAAGGAUCACCUAGCGACAACGGAACGGCUUUGUCUUACAAAACGGCUGAUAACGGCUCUCCUCUGCCCAGUAAGAAAGACGACUGA